AUGGCUAAGUUGCUUAAGCCAUGCCGACUGGACACGGAUCCCAGCUCUCCUACGGCGGCCAAGGAGUGGAAACACUGGCACCGCACGUUUCAAAACUUCAUUGAGGAGAGUGGAGAGGCCGCACCUAACAAGCUGAGGGCUCUAGUGAACUGUGUAUCCCCGAGUGUGUAUGAACUCAUCGAAGACUGUGUUUCAUAUGAAAGUGCCGUUGCAAAACUGGAGAGUGUUUACGUCAAGUUACCAAACGAGAUUUUUGCAAGGCAUGUUUUGGCAACCCGACGACAGCAGUCGGGCGAAUCCCUUGAUGAAUUUUUGAGGGAGCUACAUAAACUAAGCAAGGACUGUAACUUCAAGGCAGUCACAGCUGAACAAUAUCGGGAGGAGCUGGUACGUGAUGCGUUUAUUAACGGUAUUGCCUCUGCAUUUAUUCGUCAGCGCCUGCUAGAAAAUAAGUCCUUGAAUCUUGAGGCGGCAUACAGUCAAGCCCGUACAUUGGACCUUGCCCAGCGGAAUGCUGAUGCAUACACGUGUUCCUUGCCUGUUCCUCAUGCUGCUGCUUUAGUUCCAGGACAGCAGGAACUGCCCAGUGAUGACCAACAACAGCAGUCAACGAAAGAAGGGGGAGAAAGAAGACCACCUGUGGACUUGACUGUCGCUGCUGCACACGUAUCUAAGAAGAAAUGCUAUUUUUGUGGUAAUGCAUUCCACAUUACAGGUAGGGCUAUUUGUCCUGCACGUUCUGUUACAUGCAACAACUGUGGUAAAGCGGGUCAUUUUGCCAAAGUCUGUAGAUCCAAGGCUAAGGCUUAUGAUAGUACUACCACCACACUGUAUAAUCCCACUCUGCUCAAACUUGCUGCCACUUUUCCAAAGAAUCUUUCACAUGCAGCUAUAGACAUCACUGUCAAUGGUCAUUCAUUGAAGGCACUAAUCGACUCAUGCAGUUCGGAUAGCUUCAUAAGUGAGAAAGUGGCACAUAAAUUAAAGCUGACAGUAGUUCCGGCAAGCAAGGAGAUUUCAAUGGCGUCAGCAUCUUUAAAUACUAGCUCCCCAGGGUAUGUUACAGUAGACUUGGGUCAUGUUGAUCAAAAUUACUCAUGUGUUCAGCUAGGAGUCUUAAAGGAUUUAUGUUGUGAUGUGAUCUUGGGUCAUGAUUUUCAAAAACAUCACAAGAGUGUAACUUUUCAGUAUGGGGGAAAUAAGCCAAGUUUAAGGGUAACUAGUAACUGUGCAUUGGCAACAGCUGAUAUCGAGGAGCCUUCACUGUUUCCGAACUUGCCUCAACAAUGUAAACCAAUUACAGUUAAAUCCAGACACUAUUGUAAAGAUGACCAGUUAUUUAUAAAUGACCAGAUAUCACGCUUGCUGUCUGAAGGCGUCAUUGAGCCAAGCAUAUCCCCAUGGAGAGCACAGGUCGUAGUUGUGAAAGAUCCACUUGAGAGGCACAAAAAGAGACUUUGUAUUGAUUAUUCUCAAACCAUCAACCAAUACACAGAACUAGAUGCAUAUCCCCUCCCGAGGAUAGAGGACAUGGUACAUAAUCUUGCAAAAUACAAGGUGUUUUCUACGUUUGACUUGAAGAGUGCAUACCACCAAAUCAGCAUUAAAGAGAGUGAGAGGAAGUAUACUGCUUUUGAGGGUGCAGGAAAACUGUAUCAGUUUUGUAGGGUUCCAUUUGGUGUCACUAAUGGAGUAGCUGUAUUUCAGAGAGCUAUGGAUAAAUUAGUUGAAGAUGAGGAUCUUAAAGAUACUUUCCCAUAUCUCGAUAAUAUUACUGUAGCUGGAUCAACUCAGGAUGAGCAUGAUGAAAAUGUUAAGAAGUUCUUGGAGGUUGUUCGAAAACGGAAGCUCACCCUCAAUGAAUCUAAAUCAGUUAUGUCUGUGCCUAUAAUCAAUGUUCUCGGCAGUCUUAAACCAGGGUGGCCGGCCAGUAGCUUUUAUGUCAAGAACGCUUCAGGGUAG